AUGGCCAAAAGCAAGCGCGAAAAGAGCCUCAAGAAGAGGGACAUCUCCCGUCGCAGCAUCGGUAUUCUUCCCCCCGCUUCGCGCCUACGCAAGUAUGGGUGGCAUGACUUGGAUCCUAGCACUGGGGGACUCGAAGAUCCCGUCAGCAAAAAGGCUGAUCACGACAAGCGCAAAAAAAUCCAGCGGGACUUCCGACGUGACACCAAUCGCAAAUUCCGUGAGGGCUACAACGAUAAUUUGGGGAUCUUCUUGGCUGGCAAGAUUCCAACCGAAAACAGAGUGAAGGCUGCAAACUCCCCAGCUCGCACCGAUUGCGAAGAUGACCCGAUGAGCGACUCGACGCGCGUGGGGGUGCCGUUGCCUGCAAAGACUCUGAAGAUGAGAGAAAAGAUUUCCAAGAAGCGGAUUCGUAGGGCUGAGCUUGCGAAGUGGAAGAAGAAGCACAAGAAGGUUCUGGAGGGAAAGACGAGGUUUGAGAAGAUACCGAUCGAAGGAUAUCCAGGAAAGUAUCGGAUCCACACCAGACCGGAAGACCCUUUGUCCAAGACGUCUGCUUGCGAACCGCGUCGUAUUCUCGGUGCCUUCACCGGGAACCAUUUGUUGGAAACAAAGCAAAAUCAGAGCGAAGUUGUCCAUUCAGAUGGCCACGAACAGGGCGGGAAGGAUCAGCGAUGCUCCAUGGCUUCCUUAUCGGUGCACAACGCCUACAACGCAAAGUCAGGCACCUGUUGGAAGGACGUCCUGACUAGUGCCGGGCUCUUUUCGCCUGCCGCGCUGCGAACCUCCGCUCUCCCCAACGAUCCUUCGCCUCCCUCCGAACAUCCUGGGUUCAUCGUGGAAGUGUUGGACGUCGUCGGCAGUGGACAGGGAUGUCGGGCGUCACUCGCGGCAGCUGUACAGCGGUGGGGUAACGGUUGUCGGUGCACUAUCGCCGGUGCUCGAGCCUCGACGCUGCCUACGAGACAAUACUUGCUGACCUUGCCUCACGACGGCUUCACGCGCUUUGACGGCGGAUCUGGUUGCCAGGAUGUUCCCGUUGGCUGCUCCUAUCUCGACCGUUAUUGGGCUUUGUCUGCCAAGCGCUCUCUGAGCGAAAUUGAUCUUGCGCGGGCCGUGGCAUCGUCUGGCAGGAAGACACGACACAGUAAGCUUCUUUAA